CUUGCAUGAGACAGUCAUAUUCACCUGGAGUUUAGAGGUGACAACAUCAACUGCCACAGAUACAUGAACUACAUUGGAUCUCCUAAGAACUGAUUUUCAUGAAGUGUCCAGCUGUAUUUAAAGGAGUUAAGACAUGAUGAAUGGACAAACUCAGAUUUGUGCCCUCUCGGAGAAUGUGAUUUUGGAGGACACAGAAAAAGGAGGGGUCAUAGUCACAGGAAUAAAAAAUCCAGCGUUUAAUCUAAAAGAAGGGGAUCGGCUUGUUGCAGCUACCAUUCAUCUUGACCACCUCAGUAAAGAUGACGCGUUGAAACUGAUCAAAAUCAUUGAGCCCUACGACAAAAACCUUGAACUGAAGACUUCAAAAGAUCUGAAAGCUGGCCUGUCUGUUGGUGAUCUUCGUUUGAACAGUGAACUUGCACAGACAGGACUUCAAGUGCCAGCUGUUCAGGUCAAUGGGCUAAAUGAACAGCUUAAUGCCCCAAGCUUCAAAGGUGGCUUCACAACCCCCACAGUAAAUGGAGAAAUGCCAAAGAUUGAGUUAAAGGAAUCCACUCCUAAUUUUAGCUCCCCAGAUUUCAGAAUGCCAACUUUUGACACAUCUCUGCCAAAGUUCAAAGGGGCCGGUAUAGAUAGCACAGUAGAUGCACCUAAUAUCAGUGUCUCCUCACCUAGACUAAACACUCCGGAUGUUUCGGUUAAUGUGGACAAACCUGAAUUGAAGACCAAAAAGUUUAAGAUGCCCAACUUCAGUCUACAUACUAAAAAACCAAAGGUUGGCGGUGAUGUAACUGCCCCAGACAUAAACGCUGAACUAAAAAACCCUGAUCUGAGUCUGUCCACCCCAAAGAUUAAUGGAGAGCUUAACACCCCUGAUAUAGAUUUGACCUUGCCAAAAACUGAGCUCAGGGGCCCACAUCUAGACAUUGAAACACCAAAAGCGGAUAUCGAUUCUCCAUCUAGCAAGUUCAGACUGCCCAAAAUUAAGAAAAAAACUGCAAAAGUAAAAGUACCAGAGGUUGAUGCAGAUCUAAGUGCACCAAAUCUUAAGCUUUCUGCCCCAAAUGUAAAUGCAGAUGUCAAUGCACCGAAUGUAGACAUUGAUCUACCCAAUGCCAACCUUCAAGCUCCAAAUGUAGAAAUGAAAACUCCUGAUGUUGGUUUAGAUGCUUCCUCUGCCAAAAUAAAGUGGCCAACAUUUAAGAAACCCACAUUUGGGCACAAAGUUAAAGCCCCAGAGGUUGGCUUAGAUGCCAAUGUCUCAACACCUGAUUUGAGUCUCAAUGCCCCAGAUGCAAAUGUGACUUUACCAAAGGCAGAAAUAAAGGCCCCUGAUCUUGAUAUAAAAUAUCCUGAUGUAAAAGUACCUGAUGUGGACAUUCAAGCUCCAUCUGGAAAGGCUAAGUUUCCUACCCUUAAAAAGCCAAAGAUCAACUUCCGUAAACCAAAGAUGAAAGGUCCAGACUUGGACGUAUCAGCUCCUGAUGUUGAUUUGAAUCUGCCCAAAGCUGAACUGGAUGGUAUAAAUCUAGAUGUUAAGUCACCAGAUCUCAAUCUCUCUACACCAAAAAUGAUGGGUGAUAUUAGUGCACCAGAUCUAGACAUUAAAAAUCCAGCAUUUGAUAUACAGACACCAGAUGUUGACAUAGAAGCUCCAUCUGCACAGUUUAAAAAGCCUAAUUUUAAAAAGCCUAAAAUGAACUUCUCUGGGCCAAAAGUGAAAGGGACAGAUGUAGACCUCAAUGCACAGGUGAAGGCACCAAAUGUUGACGUUUCUGUCCCUGAAGUCAAUCUGAAACCACCUAAAGCAGAUCUCCAAGGGCCUUAUCUAGACCUGAAUGCUCCAGAUCUCACUCUUUCAACACCCAAAAUGGAUGGCAAUCUUAGUGCUCCAGAUGUGGAUUUGAGCUUGCCAGAUGCUAAUAUCAAAACUCCAAAUGUAGACCUACAAGCAAGAGCACCAGAGAUAGACUUAAAUGCUCCCAAAGUAGACAUUGAUGCCCCCUCUGGCAAAAUGAAGCUACCUCAUUUUAAAAUGCCUAAAUUUGGUCUUUCUGGACCUCGGAUGAAAACACCGAAAGUAGAUGCACCUGAUGUAGAUGUCAACAUGCCCAAAGCUAAACUCAAAGGCCCUGAUCUAGAUGUGAAAGCACCUAAUCUUAGUCUUUGCGCACCUAACGUUGAAAGUAACAUUUCUACUCCAUCUUUAGACAUUGAUUUGCCAAAAGGUGACUUAAAAGCUCCAACUGCAAACAUCGGUGGAAGUAUAAAAGAACCAGAUCUCAAUCUCUCCACCUCAAGUGUAGACCUAAAAUUGCCAAAAACAGAGCUAGAAGGUCCUGAUUAUGACCUAAAAGUCCCAAAUGUUGACAUUAAUUCCCCAUCAGGCAAUUUUAAGAUGCCACAUUUCAAGAUGGCAAAAUUGAAUCUAUCUGGGCCAAGAAUGAAAGGGCCUGAAUUGAAUGCUAAUGAAGAUGUUGGUUUGAUGGUUCCCAAACUUGAAGGAGAAUUAAAAAAUCCAAACAUUGAACUAAAUCUACCCAAAGCAGAGGCUAGUGUGCCUGAUGUAAAUGCAACUUUACCAAAAGCGGAAGUCAGCAUUCCCAAUGUAGAUAUCAAGUCACCAGAUGUAGAGUCUCGAUCUGGAAAGCUGAAAUUGAUCACAAUUAAGAAACCUAAAGCUGACAUUUCUGCUCCAAAACUGAGGACUCCUGAGAUUGAUUUAAAUGAAGAAGCUCCCAAUCUCUGCCUCUCAGCUCCCAAAGUUGCCACUUUUCCAGACGCUGAAUUAAAGCUCCCUACAGCAGAUGUUGACAUUAAUGAUCCCAGUGGAAAGCUGAAAUUCCCAACACACAAAACUUUCAGCACGUCUGGCCCAGAAGUCAAAUCUGCUGAUGGAGGAUCAGGUCUGAGCCUAUCUGCACCAGGGGUUCAUACCCCUGAUGCAGAUGUUAAUCUACCCACUGCUGGGGUUGACGUGGAUGUUUCAGGCAUCAACGCUGAAGCUGAGCGCACUACACGCAAGAUGAAAUGGCCCUUCAAAUGGCGAAAAUCUGUUGAAUCAAAGGAUGGGGAUAUAAAUGUUAAGGCUGCAGAAGUAGAUAGUAGCACUCCAGAAGUUAAACUCCCAAAAAAUAUACCCAUGUUCAAGAUGCACAGUUUGCCUAACAGCAGCAUUGACAGCAUCUUGCAAGAACGCAUUGUGCCGGUUGACCUCAGUACCGAUGUUAUAGACACGAUUGUCUCUGGCCCAGCAGUCAAGGCAAAUUUGAAAAAUUCUUCUCCAUCUGCUGGUGUGAAUAAACGGACAUCUGCAGUAGACAUCCUGGAAAGGCUGAAGUUGUCCAAUGCACGUACCACAAACACCGAUUCUGGCAUAUCUUCAGAGUCAGGCAGCCCUACAAAAGUGAAUAGAGGAACAUUUAAAAUUACAAAGUCUGAUGCUGAUAAGAACUACACGGUGGUUGAUUCUACUAGCAAGGAGGAUGAUGAAAAUGCCAAGAUUUCCCUCCGCUUGAACAACAUGCUUGGUUUGCCAACAGAUUGAGGUCCUAAUGAGAAACAGGAGCUUAACACCAAUCUUGUUAGAUUGCUAUUAACAAUUGCACCUCCAUCUUCAUAUAAAUAAUGCACAUGUAAAUGAAUAUGUAAAAAUACAGCUUUAACUAAAGAAUGAGUGGAGUAUUGAUAAAGAAGCAUUAUAUAAUAUGACAGAGAUUAUUUUUGUAUGGAUGAAGUUAUGUAUAAAGUUCUCUUUUCAUGUGUAAUGAUUGCAAUGUCUUGUCAAAUAUUAACAAUAACAUGAAGGAAUGUCUGUUUUUCUAACUAUAUUUCCACUGUUUACAUGUAUGUAUAUCUAAUAUAUAUUCUUUUAUUUACACUUCUUUCCUGUCCAUUCCAUUUUUUACAGUGUAUCUAUCAGUAUUGCAAAUGUCACAAAUGUAAGAAAUUGCGAUUAUGCCCACAUUUUAUGCCUAUUAAAUAUCAUGUUUAUCAUGUGCUUUUAUUCGGUUUCAAUGCUGUAAUGAAUGUCAUCUGAUUUAUAUUACUAAUUUCAUAUUUUAAUAAAGCUUAUGAUAUGAGCAAGGCAAUGAGUUAUUAAU